UGUAGACCAGGGGAUAUAUAUAAUAUAUUUAGACCGAGGGUCUUUAGGCAGAGGGUAGAACUCUGCUUUGUGCCAUUUCGUUCUCUCUUGUUGACGAAACAGAGUUUGUCUGCUGAAAUGAAGGCAUACGCUCGGUCUAGGUAUAUAAUAUGUCUAUGAGCGAGACUCCGGUUCCUCCGAUUAAAGGGUAUGAGUAUGUAUACAUACACGUAAGUGCAAGCACGUAGCGGGCCAAUGAACUGUCGGUGACAUAGUGCGCGCGGUAACUGUUAGUGCUGGUACUCUGUAUGAAAAUCAUUGGUGGGAUCAGGUGGGACUCCGGUACCACUGGUGCCACUGGUGGUGAAUGAACUGGUCAGUACCGGUGGUAGCCGCAGGUAGCCGAUACACGUGGAUCAACGUGGAUACCCAUAGCCCAUCGAGAUGCAGUGGCCCUCGUUCAGCGUUAUUCUUUCCGAGAUAUUUCUCGCGUAUAUCGUCUACUCGAUAUACACCCUGUCUCUGCUCUUUGUGUCGCCGGCCUGCGAAGAUGGCAAGCCGUGCCUCGAGUCAUACCUGAGCGAACGGCCAAGGUUGGAUCUGUACAUGUACAGCUCUGUCAGGAGAAGUCCCGCCAGCAGAGACACCAAUCUCGUCUACUCGACGCAAAACUUUGAUUACGAUCAAACGCAAAUCAUUCCAGUAAUACUCACUGUGCCAGCUGAGACACGCCGAAAUGGAACGUUAUUCUUGCACAUAUUACUGACGCCUCCAUCAGUGAAACGGGACAGGACGUUUGUUGAUUUACAAAAAGAUAUAUUUACCUCAUAUACCGCCAUUAAAAUGACACAAUACACAGUACCUGAGGCAGAAGCAUUCAAGUUGUUGGACGACAAGAGCCAAGGUGCGAAGAAAGUUAAUGGCCAGGUGGCCAUACGUCCACUCUCGCAUAUGAAAAGUCGCGUGACUUUUACAAUAAUGACGGACAACGUAACGCUUCCUAUAUACGGUGUACCCGCCGAGCUCGUAAACCAUAUAAAAAUAAUUGGCAAACGGGCGUUCUUGCCGAUUGUUAAUUGCGAUUUCUUACAAACGCGGCAUCGAGACCUCAAGCGGAUCACCCCGCAAAAUUACACGAUGAACGUCGCGGUAGAAUAUUCGCCCGUGUCUCUAGGAAAGUUGAGAUUGGUGCUGCACGUGCAGGCAACCAUGGAGAAUCUAAAGAAUCUCGGCUUCUCCGACAAGGAUAUCGAUGAAGUAAAGGGCAUCUUUGCCGACACCAACAUCUACCUACUGGCUGGUACAUUCUUCAUCGCGGCUGUACACUUGUUGUUUGAUUUUCUCGCUAUUAAAAAUGAUGUCAGCUUUUGGCGGAAGAAGAGUAAUCUCAUAGGCCUGAGCAAAUGGACCGUCAUAUGGCGAGCGUUCAGUCAGUCGGUCAUUUUCCUUUAUCUCUGCGAUGAAGGUUCUUCCUUACUCGUUCUCAUUCCGACCGGUAUCAGCACUGUUAUCGAGCUGUGGAAAUUUAAAAAAAUGUCGAGAGUCCAAUUGAUCAGCAGUGGUAGCAUCUUGCCAAGAAUUAAGUUUAAAACCGAUGGCAUUGAUGCAGCAGAGAUGAAAACUAGAGAGUUUGAUGCCGAGAGUAUGCGUUAUCUAAGUUAUUUGUUGUAUCCACUAGUUAUCAUUGGUGCAAUCUACUCGUUAUUGUAUCAGCCGCAUAAAAGCUGGUAUUCUUGGAGCAUAAAUUCUUUAGUGAAUGGAGUUUACGCAUUUGGAUUCCUUUUUAUGCUGCCGCAGUUGUUUGUUAACUACAAAUUGAAGUCCGUCGCGCAUCUGCCAUGGAGAGCGUUCAUGUACAAAGCUUUUAACACAUUCAUCGACGAUGUGUUUGCUUUCAUUAUAACAAUGCCGACUGCGCACAGAAUAGCGUGUUUCAGAGAUGACGCCGUUUUUCUCAUUUAUCUAUAUCAACGAUGGUUAUACCCGGUGGAUAAGUCACGUAUGGAUACCGAUACAAUUACAGAAGAAGCUGUUGAUUUCGGCAACAAUACAAACAAAAAAACAAAUUAAGAAUUUUAUUGUUUACUGUUAUUGUUUGUCUUUGUUAUCUAGAAACUGUCGUAAUAGCAUGUUGAAACGUUAUUACGUGCUGACAAACAGUAUUUAUAUCGCUAAUGUGAAAAUUUACCCAAUACACGCAUAUACAUAUA